CUCUCAUUAAGUGGGUGAAUACAGUUUCGUGAAGGUCGAACAAUGAAUUAUGCAGGACGUAAGGUAAUGACUUUUGAUGACCAGUCAACACACAUACAAAAGAAAUUGAAUUUGUUUUGUGUGAAAAUAUUAUUUUUAUGAUUCCGUAUACAUGGAAAAAUUCUCCAAAGUAGUAUGUGUGCAGUAGCUUCUCAAACUUUCUCAUACUUAGCAUUUUAAGCGACAUAUUCGCGAAACCAAAUAAUAUAAGAUGGAAUAAAUGUUAAAGUUUGAGGUUUGCUCUCUUUUUACACAAGGCCUUCUUUAAGUAAACAUAUUUCAUGCACAAUCUCUCAGCUAGGUUGCUUGAAAAAUUUAAUUUUAUUGUGUACCUCUCUAUUUUCUCUAUAUGUAUAGCAGAAUCGAUAAUAAUAUUGGAAGUUUUACAUUUAAAUUAAUUUCUUCCACAGUAAUGCUACUGUGACUUCUUGAUAUUUUUAAAGUGUGAUCAUAUAUCUCGCAUAGAUGUAUUCAGAUUUUGAUUAAUACAGCUCGCAUUUUUACAAAGGUACACAGAGUUUCGUGCUUUAUAGUUGAAAAUAUUAUCUCUGAUUGUUAAGGGAGCUUCUAUGAGUCAAAGAAUUAUGAUGUUUCUGUUAUGCCACUCUAUUUAAUUUUUUUAAAAAUGCUCUACAAGUACGUGUAAUGCUUUUCUACCACUUCCAUAUUUGUUGUCGUUUGUGCAUAUGAAAUAAACACUAGUGCUGUGUUGUGACAAUACGUCUUAUAUUGCACAAAAUAUUUGCUUGUAUAAAUUCUUAAAGCACAACUACAAUUUAUACCUACUCUGUGAGUGGUUGGCUAAUAGUAAUAAUAAAGAAACGAUUAUAUAUUUUUAUUUUGUUGUAUGGUAGUGAGUGAAAUGCAAAUAGAAUAUGAAUUGCGUACUAACUAGGUCAUCUGAUCUAUUUGAAAGCAAGCACAUUUUUUGACAGUCAUUUUCGGGACUGAAACACACUAUCCUAGUGUAAUGCUUAUGGUGUAUUUCGUUACUGACACUUUACAAACAUUUGCUCUUGUAAACUCUUACUUCUAUGCUUUCAGUAAUUUGAGUUUGCUGAAUAAAUUUUGGUUUUCACAAUCCAUUCAUUUUAAGUUAACUGCUCCUCAAACACGUAGCAAAUACGAAAACAAAUCAUUUCAGUUUCUACUAAAGAUUGUAGUAAACUGUGUAUCAAUUAUUUUUCUUACAUUUUACACAGCCAAUGAAACCACUCAAUCAACUGAAGAAUAUUCACAAUGAACACUACGCUAAGCUUCAGAAUAAACAUGCUACAGAAACUGACUUGUUGGAUGAUUUGAGAAUGUACUGUAAACAAAGAGCAGUCAUUGAACGCGAAUAUGGACAGUCAUUACAAAAGCUUGUGAACAGCUUUUUAUCUAAAAAAGAAUUUUUAUCGUCCACAUCUUCAAAGAAUGAUAUGCUAUUGUCUAGCAAACAGCCAACUGUUUGGCACAUAUGGCAUUCAUUAUUAACGGAGUCGAACAGUUUAGCUUUAUCUCGAUUACGUGCAUCAGAUAAUCAGCAAAGAUUAUCAAAUGAACUUAAACCGUUAAAAUCUCAACGUUUAUCAGUUAACAAACGCGUAUUUGAACAACUGAAAAUACUUCAGGGAGAUCUCGCUGCAUGUGUUCAAGAAAUGGUAAAGUCGCAUAAAGUUUAUGCAGAGGAAGAGAAACAAGCACAAGAAACUCGUUUAAAAACACUUGCUGCUAGAGAAAAGAUUCAGCGACGAUCUACUGAUAUAUUUCAUUCUAUGGCACAAUUACACAAAAAUUAUGAUAAGCUUUUAGGUAAACGUCAAGCAUUUGAUGCACGAUCGGCUACUGCAAAAAAUGAAUAUUUAUUUCAAUUAACAGCAAUCAAUGCUCAUUUAAAGCAUUACUUUAGUGAGGAUUUACCAGUUUUAGCAAAAACAUUAGACGGUGAAUUAUACGAAAAAAUGGGAGAAGCUUUCACAACACUUUGUGAAAACGAGAUUGAGUUUUGUACAAAUACACAAAAACGAUUUGAUGCCCUACUGAAGGAAGCAUCACACAUAAAUCGAAUCAAUGCUUGGGAGGAUUUUUUGAAGUCUUCACCGCAUUUUGAUAAGCCUGUUCAAUAUCACUUUGAGCCAAUGAAAGGAGAUGAGACAACAGUAUUAUACUCUGGUAAUAUAAAAGAAAGUAAUUUGGAACAAAUUGCACGUAAGCUAUCAAGGCGAUUAGUUGUCCGUGAAAGACGAAUCAAAUCUUAUGAAAAUGAAUUGAAAAUGUUACAAGCUGGUUAUGUAUCUUCCCUGUCUGGUAUAGUUACACCACAUCAACAAUCACAGUCACAUCAAAUGCAACAGAAUAGUUCAGAAACUGAAAAUAAUGAAGAAUUAUUAGCAUUCAAUCAGGAGUAUGUUGAGCAUAAAGUUGAAGAAUUACAGUUUGCUAUACGUCGAGAAGAGAUUGAACGUGUAAAAAUAGAAGCUUGUUUAUCGUUAUUGCGUAAUUCAUCAAUUGAGGUCAACGAUUUCAUUGUUGAAGCUCGAAUAGCUGCUGAAGCAGCUGCCGCUGCAGCUGCACAAUUUCGUAAUGAAAAUUCCAGUUCUGGUAUACUGAAUGAUUCUACUCCGAAUAGACGACCAAAUAUUCGACCGUCGGGUGAAGGAAGCAGUGAUAGUGCAGCUAGUAGUUCUGGUGUCAAUCAAUUUAUUGAUCAUGAUUCAAGACUACUGGGUGAUUGGGAUCGACCAACCAGACCUUAUGGUUCGGGAAUAAUCGGUCGUGAUUCAGCUUACCCGAUCCAUAGAAGUUUUAACGAUGACGAUGGUGAUGAUGAUACUACUGGUCAAUUUUACAGAAGUAGAAUUAAUGAUUGGUCGUCUACAUUUCCCAGACCGACAACUCUUGGUCAAGUGAAUAAUUCCAGUGAGAAAGGUUAUCAUUCUACGUAUAAAUCACCACUACAGACAAAUACAAAGAUUACUUAUCCUAAUCAUAUUAACUCAUCCAAUAUUGAUUCUAUUGGCUCUAUAAAACAUGAUUAUCAAAAUGUUAACCAUAUGAAUCCACGAACUCGUGAUGAUAUAGCUGUCCAUCGAUCAGUUAAUAAUAGUAAUAACUUUCAUAAUGGACAAAAUUAUAAUACUACUGCUAAUAAUAAUAGUAAUAAUCAUGCCUCAAUACUUCGUGUUGCUAGUUCAGACAAUUUUACAGAUAAUAAAGAUGAUGUUGAUUUUGAGGCUGUCUGGUCUGAAAAUGGUCGAUUACGUCGAGCUAAUGUAGUUCAUGAGUUUAGAGCUAAAAAACCAAAUGAAUUAGAUCUUGUUGUACAUGAAACUGUUGUCCUUCUGGAAGAUGAGCACAAAAAUGGAUGGAUUAAAGUGAGAAGUUUAAUCGAUGGAAAUGAAGGUUUAGUUCCUUUCAGCUAUUUAAAACUGUGCAAUCCUCAUGUAUCUAAUGAAGAUCACAAGGUAUAUAAAGACAAUAAUAAUAAUAACAAUUUCAUGCAGCUCAAUAACGAAAAUGAAAAGAAGUCAUCUAACUCAGUUGUUCUUCCUGAAAAUACCGAUCAUAAUUAUUUAAAUAAAACAAAUCAACUUGAUUUGGUAAAUACUUCUCUUCCUCCAGAAAUCGACGCACCUCGUCUUUCAUGCACAAGUGAACUUCUAGUAAAUGAAUCAACUAGUAAUUUAAUUACUAAACCACCACUAUCUGGUUCUUUUGUAAAAACAUUGAUUGACUUUCAUGGAACUAAUAUAGAUGAGUUAAGCUUUAAAGCUGGUGCAAUUAUUCGUGUAAUAGGUCGUGCACCUAAUAUCAAUGAUUUAGUUAAUGCAUCAUCGCCAUCAUCAUUUACAACAACAACUAAACGAGAUCAGUUGGCUUCAAUGUCUAAUUCUGGCGUUGAUGAUGGUUGGUGGGAAGGAGAUCUUCUACUUCCUGCAGCUGUUGAAGAGAAAGGAAAGCAAAAAUAUUAUUCGCAAAGAGGAGUUUUUCCAUCUAUGCUUGUACAACCUCUAUCAUCAACUGAUUCAGCAUUAUGGUCUGUCCGAUGGGAUGAUAUUUCACCAAUUCCAACAGGUUAUUCUAUAGAAGCAAAUCAAAAUGUACAACGAACUCAUACAAUACCAGAUUGUCAUCAUGAUGAUGUCAAAAAGGAUAAAAAAUGUAAAUAUACUGAUGAAGAAGAUUAUAUCAGAUUGUAUGCAAAAGAAUUACCUGCAUCUAGUUCAAGUCGAGUGAAUAAAGUGAAUAGUGAAGGUUUCUGUUUAUCAGAAAAUGUAGAACCACCUGUAUCGUUGUCUUCACCUGAAGCAAAACCUUCAUUGUCUAAUAAUAUUGCAACAAAUCGACAAUCACAUCAUAAUAAUCAUUGUACACAUCAUCGUCACAAACACUGUAAGGCAGAUGAAAAGAUUCCAAUCGCUGAAGUUUAAUCCAGAAUAGAGAUUUCAAGAUACAAUAUCAAAUUAAAUAUACAUUUAUUUUUUACACUUUUGUAUAGGAAAUAUAUACAUUAUUAUUAAUUAUAAUGCUGUUUUGUUUAAACUUGUCCUAUGCAAUGUUUCAAUUAUUCAUUUUGUAUAAAAAUAUUCUUUACGCCGAUGUAUCUAUAUAUGACAUAUAUAUUUCAAUUAGGAUGAAUUCAUUCUCAGUGCUUCAUUUUAUAAAUGUUGUCGUAUUGAUUUUAUGCAUUUACUACUUUAACUUUCAACUACUAACAAUUCAAUAGUCGCACUUAAGCCUUAUAUAUAUAUAUACAUUACAAAUGACGAACUAAAGUAUGUUCAAUUAAUAUUGCAGAAACUUCCUUGUAACUGUCUAAAAUAUGUAUCAUUUUGAUAAUUUAAUCUUUUGCUUUUUUUUCUUAU